AUGCUGGCCUCAGGGCUGCUCCUCGUGGCUUUGCUGGCCUGUCUGACUGUCAUGGUCUUGAUGUCUGUCUGGCGGCAAAGGAAGCUCAAAGGGAAAUUGCCUCCAGGGCCCACUCCUCUGCCCUUCAUCGGGAACUACCUGCAGCUGAACACUGAGCAGAUGUACAACUCCCUCAUGAAGCUGAGCAAGGAAUUCGGCGCAGUGUACACAGUAUACCUGGGACCCAGACGGGUGGUGGUCCUCAGCGGGUACCAGGCCGUGAAGGAGGCGCUGGUGGACCAGGCAGAGGAGUUUGGUGGCCGCGGCGACUACCCUAUCUUUUUCAACUUCACCAAGGGCAAUGGCAUUGCCUUCUCCAAUGGAGACCGGUGGAAGGCCCUUAGAAAGUAUUCUGUUCAAAUUCUGCGCCACUUUGGCAUGGGGAAGAAGACCAUUGAGGAGCGGAUCCUGGAAGAAGGCCACUUCCUGCUGGAGGAGCUUCGGAAAACUCAAGGCAAGCCCUUCGACCCCACGUUUGUGGUGAGCCGCUCCGUGUCCAACAUUAUCUGCUCUGUGAUCUUCGGCUCCCGUUUCGACUACGACGACGACCGCCUGCUCACCAUUAUCCACCUCAUCAAUGAAAACUUCCAAAUCAUGAGCAGCCCCUGGGGAGAGAUGUACAAUAUCUUUCCGAACCUCCUGGACUGGGUGCCCGGGCCACACCGACGCGUUUUUAAGAAUUACGGACGCAUGAAGGACCUCAUCGCCCGCAGCGUCCAUGAACACCAGGCUUCCCUUGACCCAAACUCUCCCCGGGACUUCAUUGAUUGCUUCCUUACCAAGAUGGCACAGGAAAAGCAGGACCCGCUGAGCCACUUCUUCAUGGAUACUCUGCUGAUGACCACACACAAUCUGCUCUUCGGCGGCACCGAGACCGUGGGUACCACGCUGCGCCAUGCCUUCCUCCUGCUCAUGAAGUAUCCAAAAGUGCAAGUCCGCAUCCAGGAGGAAAUCGACCGCGUGGUGGGACAUAAGCGGCUGCCGACAGUGGAGGACCGAUCGGCGAUGCCUUACACAGACGCGGUGAUCCACGAAGUGCAGCGCUUCGCAGACAUCAUCCCCAUGAGCUUGCCGCACCGUGUCACUCGGGACACGAACUUUCGAGGCUUCACGAUACCCAGGGGCACGGAUGUCAUCACCCUCCUUCAUACAGUCCACUACGACCCCAGCCAAUUUCCGAAGCCCAAGGAAUUCAACCCUGAACGUUUUCUGGAUGCCAAUAUGUCCUUCAAGAAGAGUCCUGCCUUCAUGCCUUUCUCAGCUGGACGCCGGCUGUGCCUGGGCGAGGCGCUGGCGCGCAUGGAGCUCUUCCUCUACUUGACCGCCAUCCUGCAGAGCUUCUCGCUGCAGCCGCUGGGGGCGCCCGAGGACAUCGAUCUGACCCCGCUCAGCUCUGGUCUCGGCAAUGUGCCCCGGCCUUACCAGCUCUGCGUGCGCGCGCGCUGA